AUGGCUGGAAUCCAGUGCUGUGCUCUUCUCGUGAAAGACAAAUCCGACCUUCUUAAGAAAUGCUACUCUGCCAAGGCAUCUUACCUGUUCCAGCAGGAUAAAUUCUAUGAUGUCAGCUAUGACACAGGUGACAAGUCUAUCCAAUGUAGCAGGAGACCAGAUGCUUUCAAGUUCUGGAUGACCUGGAAGGCUCUGGGUACUUUAGGCCUUGAAGAAAGAGUUAAUCGUGCUCUUGCCUUAUCUAGGUACCUAGUAGAUGAAAUCAAGAAAAGAGAAGGAUUCAAAUUACUAAUGGAACCUGAAUAUGCCAAUAUUUGCUUUUGGUACAUUCCACCAAGCCUCAGAGACAUGGAAGAAGGACCUGAGUUCUGGGAAAAACUUAAUUUGGUGGCCCCAGCCAUUAAGGAAAGGAUGAUGAAGAAAGGAAGCCUGAUGCUGGGCUACCAGCCUCAUCGGGGGAAGGUCAACUUCUUCCGCCAGGUGGUGAUCAGCCCCCAAGUGAGCCGGGAGGACAUGGACUUCCUCCUGGAUGAGAUAGACUUACUGGGCAGAGACAUGUAGCUGUGGCUUUUGGUUCCCCAGAAGCACAGAUCCUGUCCUGGGGAAAGUUACAAAUCCAGGAAAUCUGUAGUAGAUUGCAAACUUUCGGGUGAGAAAUAGAAAAUACUCCCAGUCCAGGCCAAGCAAGUAGUAUUAAUGCUAAACAGUAGCGUUAAGUAUUACUCUUUAGUUGCCUGGGCACUGUUAUUGUUAUAAAGGAGGAUGUAAAAAUAAUUGGUUUUCUCAAGGUUUGUCACUAGGACACAGCCUUGAAGACAGUUUUAGUCAGUACCUCAUGGGUCCUGGAUUCUAA